GGACGGUGGGGGGCCGGCCCCGAGCCGCCGGUCCCGUAGCCAUGGAGCAGGACGACCCGGCCGAGGCGCUGACGGAGCUUCGCGGGCGGCAGCUUGGCGCGUGGGAGCUGCUGCAGGCGGCGGCGGGCUCGGGCCUGGCCGCCUACGCCGUGUGGGCGCUGCUGCUGCAGCCGGGCUUCCGGCGCGUGCCGCUGCGGCUGCAGGUGCCCUACGUGGGUGCGAGUCCGCGCCAGGUGCAGAACGUGCUGUCGCUGCUGCGCGGCCGUCCCGGGAAGACGGUGGAUCUGGGCUCCGGCGACGGCAGGAUCGUGCUGGCAGCCCACAGGUGCGGGCUCCGCCCAGCCCUGGGCUACGAGCUGAACCCGUGGCUGCUGGGGCUGGCGCGGCUGCACGCCUGGAGGGCGGGCUGUGCCGCCAGCGUGAGCUACCGCAGGGAGGACCUCUGGAAGGCGAGCCUGCGGGACUGCCACAACGUGUCUGUGUUCCUGGCCCCCAGCGUGCUCCCGCUGCUGGAAGACAAGCUGCAGGCGGAGCUGCCCGCGGGGGCCCGCGUAGUGUCCGGGCGCUUCCCUCUCCCCACCUGGCAGCCCACGGCGGUGGUGGGCGAGGGUCUGGACCGAGUCUGGGCCUAUGACAUCCAGCCUAGGGGGCCAGCCAGGCAGGCUCGCCUGGCACCUGGUGCUGCCUUAGCCCCCAAGGCCCCCGGCUCUCAGGCUGGCUGACAACACAAUAAAGACUCUGGACCGGCCCCCCCAGUCCUGCUGUACACUGCCAAGCACCCGGGUGCGGGGGCUGCCUGCCGCCGGGAGCGCCGUCUCCCCAGGUGACCGGCUACUGGCUGUGGGUCCUCGGGCGCUGGGGCUUGUCCAAAGGCGCAGCCCCUGCUUCCCAGGGGUCCCUUCUAACCACGAGCAUCCUCAGCCUCAGGAUCUCCUGCUUGUACCUGCGCAGAGAGGUCGGGCUUAGCCGCCGCGAGGCCAUGGGCCAGUGCGGGCCAAGGCUCCCCCGAGAGCCCACCUGCUCAGGUGCUGGUCCACGUAUUCCUGGAGCUCAGAAAGCUGCUCUUCAGCCCUGGUGGCCCGGACCAGCAGCUGUGCCCGGUCCCGCUCCAGCGCCGCCUAUGG